AUGGGCUGUUCCGGCUCCAAGGAGAUCUCAGAGGCUCAACAGGUCAACGCCCAAAUCGAAAGCCAAAUCAAAAGGGAUAAGAUCUCGCUUAGAAAUGAAAUCAAAAUGUUACUGUUGGGAGCCGGGGAAUCAGGCAAAUCAACAAUCCUCAAGCAAAUGAAACUCAUUCACGAAGGAUCUUAUACGAACGAUGAACGCGAAUCUUACAAGGAAAUCAUCUUCUCGAACGCCAUCCAAUCCAUGCACGUCAUCCUCGAUGCCAUGCAACUUAUGAAGAUCGAACUCAAGCACCCAUCCUUGCUCUCUCUCGGCCAGAUGAUCCAAUCUCUACCCAGCCAGAUGGAGAAGGAUUACCUCGAACCUCAUAUCGUCGCAGCCAUUCGUCAACUUUGGCAAGACCCAGGUGUCCGGCAAUGUUUCGAGCGCAGUCGGGAGUACCAGCUAAACGACUCUGCGGCCUAUUACUUCGAUUCAAUCGACCGCAUCGGACAGCGUAGUUACGUGCCGGAUGAUCAGGACAUACUGCGUUCACGAGUCAAAACGACGGGGAUCACCGAAACUGUGUUUGUGAUCGGAGAGCUCAAGUAUCGGAUGUUUGAUGUCGGAGGACAGCGGAGCGAGAGGAAGAAAUGGAUCCACUGCUUCGAAAACGUGACGGCUAUCGUAUUUUUGGUGGCGCUCAGCGAAUAUGACCAGAUGCUCUACGAGGACGACUCGGUGAACAGAAUGCAGGAAGCCCUCAACCUAUUUGACUCGAUCUGCAACUCGAGAUGGUUCAUCAAAACCUCGAUCAUCCUCUUCCUGAACAAGAUCGAUCUCUUCAAACAGAAAGUUCAAUACUCUCCCAUCCAGGACUUCUUUCCCAACUUCCAGCCGCCUUCCAACCCCGAUCAAGAGCUUUGGCAAGCCGGUGCAGACUUCUUUGGGAACAAGUUUGUCGGCGUGAACCAGAGUCCCUCGAAACAGGUUUAUGUACAUUUGACGUGUGCAACGGACACAUCUCAGAUUCGAUUUGUUCUAUCCGCCGUUAAUGAUAUCAUCAUUCAACUUAAUUUAAGAGAAUGCGGUCUACUGUAA